AUGCUCCGUACCGUCAACGUCGGCGUCACACGGCGCCUCCAGGCCACGGCUGGGCCCAGGAUAGCCCUCGCUCGUGGGUUCGCUUCGCCGUCCACACCCCGGUCAAAGCCGAGCGUCGCCGCCGUCGAGGCCCACGACUAUGCCCCGCCCGCGUUCAUGGCUACCCACCGCACCGACCCCGAGGCACACAAGUUCAACCCAAUGCCAUCUUACCCUCCCAUGUUCCAAUCCUCGCACAUCGGCCUUCCUCCGCCCCUCCCCGCCACCGCCAGGGAAGACAACCAGCUCAACGCUGAGCUGUACCGCCCAACUGCGGCACUCGACACCGUAUCCCUCCUCUCGAUCUGCUCAUCGCGACGAGAAUUCGUGCCCCGCGCGUACCAGAUCUUCACGGCGCUUCUGUCUGACGUCGAGAACGAGAAGGCCUUCUUGCCCAGGACACAGGUUUGGGCCAACGUCAUCCACGGCGUCGCCCAGCUCUGCAAGCCGCCAACCACGAUUGCGGGAGAAAAAGUCACCGACUUGUGGCAGUUCCGCACCAAGCAGCUCAUCAAGCGCUGGGAGGAGAUGAACGGCUCCCCGUCCGGAGAACCCUUCCUGGAAAAGGACGGUAUCUUGGUCUACCGCGCGUGGUUUACGGCACUCGUCAAGGUGAACGGAAAGCUCGACCCCAUCAUCCCAUACAUCGAGCACCCCGCAAUCGGCCUCGACACGAUGGUUGCCGGUAUGUCCCGCGAUGACGUUACCAAGGCCCUUGAGCAGCUCAAGGUGCACGGCGCUAAGCACUUGCUGGACUGGCUUGACCUGCAAGUCAAGGAGGUGCAGGGCUUGGAGCGCAAGAAGCGCGAAAUCCGUGAGAGCGACGUUGUUCCCGAGGUCAGCCCUGUGCUGGAGAAGGUCAAGACCACGAAGCGCAGCCUCUCCUCCAUGCCCAAGGAGCUGCGCGGCUCUACGUCAACACACCCCGGUGCCAUGCAGGCCCGUUGGACCAUUGACAACCUCCGCACCGCACUCGAGCCCAUCAACCAGGAGAUGACCGCGUACAACCGCCAGAUGGCCCUCGAGAAGGCAUCGUACGCGGCAGCUGAGGCCGAUCUUCAACAUGCUGCCGAGCAGCUCGCGAACAUUGGGCAGCAGGGUGAAGACAUGCGUCUUCAGCGCAACGUGCUUCAGGGCCACAUGCACCGCUGGCACGUCGCCCUAACCGAUCAUCUUCUGGAGGACAUCCGCGGGAUGACCGAGCGCGUCUUGGCGAAAGGAGACGCUGACCCGAACCCACACAAGUGGUCGGCGCAGGUCGAAAUGAGGGAAAGGGACCUCAUGGUGUACCUCAACGUCCUCCCCGCUAAACGCCUUGCGCUCAUCACUAUUCUCGAGCUCAUGCGCAUGGUUGGAUCUGGCGGUAUCGUUGACGGUAUGAAGUCGCUCCGUGGCAUGGUUGCUGUGGGCCGCGCAGUCGAGAUGGAGCAUCGUGCGGAUGUCAUCCGUUCAGUCGCUGGCGCUGACUCGACGAUCUGGGCCAAGACGCUCGAUCCGAACAGCAACAAGCCGACGCGUUCCAACAUUGACAAGCUGUGGUCCAAGAUUGGUAACGAGGUGGACGCCGAGCAGCUCUUUGAGCCUGGCGAGAACGCCACACCCCAGGAGGCCCUCCGAUCGGUCUGGACACCUCCAUGGUCGCAGAUGGUGUGCAUGGGCGUCGGCUCGUACCUCAUCAAGAGCCUGAUCAAGGUCAGCACUGUAACGCGACAUGCCGUCGACCCAGAGACCAAGAUCAAGCACUCGGAGACACAGCCAGCAUUCUCGCACGGCUACGAGUACGUGCGCGGCAAGAAGCUGGGCGUUAUCAAGGUCAACCCGGCAAUUGCUACGCGCCUCGGCCAAGACAGUGUUCGCCAGGUGAUCCACCCCAAGCACCUUCCAAUGCUUGUCGAGCCCCGCAAGUGGACCCACUGGGACGAAGGCAUGUACCUCAGCACCAACGUUGAGAUUAUGCGUUUCAAGGACUCGAUCGAGCAGAAGAAUCACAUUGCCAAGGCCAGCAGGGAAGGCCACCUUGAGGCCGUGUUCCAUGGACUCGAGGUCCUGUCGGGGACGCCCUGGCGCAUCAACCGCAAAGUGUUUGACACGGUGCUUGAGGCGUGGAACAGUGGUGACGGCAUCGCCGAUAUCCCCGCGGCACCCGACAAGUGCGACUACACCAUGCCUGAGAAGCCCGCGAACGCUUCAACGGACCCCGGCGCGCGUGCGGCAUACCAUGAGCGUAUGAAGGCCGUCAUGCUGCAGCAAAAGAAGGACCACGGCGAGCGCUGCAAGUUCAACUACAACCUCGAGAUUGCCCGUGCGUAUCUCAACGACGUGUUCUACAUCCCCCACAACAUGGACUUCCGCGGCCGUGCAUACCCUAUCCCGCCACACUUGUCUCCUGUCGGUGACGACCUGUGUCGUGGCCUCCUCACCUUCGGUACCAGCAAGCCGCUCGGCAAGACUGGUCUCAAGUGGCUGCAGAUCCAGCUGGCCAACGUCUACGGCUUUGACAAAGCGAGCUUUGAGGAGCGUGCGCAGUUUGCACGUGACCAUGAAGCCGACAUCUUUGAUUCGGCGGAUAACCCGCUGAACGGCAAGCGCUGGUGGCUCGAGGCUGAGGACCCUUGGCAGUGCCUCGCAACGUGCUUCGACCUCGCCGCGGCCCUCCGCUCGACUAACCCGGAAGCCUACGAAUCAUCUAUUCCCAUUCACCAGGACGGCACCUGUAACGGUAUGCAGCACUACGCUGCCCUCGGCGGUGACGUGCGUGGAGCCAAGGCUGUCAACCUCGAGCGUGGUGACCGCCCGGCCGACAUUUACACCGGUGUUGCCGAUCUUGUGAACGCAGCGAUCGAGGAAGACCGCAAGGCUGGCCUGCCCAUGGCGCUCCUGAUCGAGGGCGAACUUGGUCGCAAGGUCGUCAAGCAGACAGUCAUGACAACCGUGUACGGUGUGACCUUCAUCGGAGCUCGCGAGCAGAUCGCGCGCCAGCUUGUCGCCCGUGGCGGCAUCCAUGCCGAGGACAUCUACCCUGUCUCGGCUUACGUCGCUCGCAAGGUCCUCGCAUCGAUCGGUGACCUGUUCUCUGGAGCUCGUGCGAUCCAGGACUGGCUCACGCUCUGUGCGCGUCUUAUCGCCCGUUCGAUCCCCGAAUCGCGCCUGAUCCAGGCAACCGACACCACCGAGGUGCCCGUAAGGGGGGCCCGCAAGAAGGACGGCGAAACGGGCACAAGGGGGCGCAGGGAACAGACCAAGGCCAAGAACCUGGCAAAGGAACUGAUGACUGCUGUUGCAUGGACGACUCCGCUCGGCCUCCCUGUUGUCCAGCCGUACCGCAAGGGCGCCAAGAAGCAGGUCAUGACUUCGCUGCAGACGGUGUAUAUCACGGACCCUCACCAGAUGACCGAGGUCGCCCCUAUGAAGCAGGCGACGGCGUUCCCCCCGAACUACAUCCAUUCGCUGGACGCGACGCAUAUGCUCCUUACAGCGGCAGCUUGUAACAUGGAGGGUGUCACGUUUGCGUCGGUGCACGACUCGUACUGGACGCACGCAUCCACGGUCGAGCAGAUGAGUGACAAGAUUCGCGACCAGUUUAUCCACCUUCACUCGAACGACCUCAUUGGAAUGCUCCGCAACGAUUUCCUGGAGGCGUACGGCAACCACGCCAUCCCCGUGAGCAACGCACGUCUGAUCGAGUCGGCCAAGGAGCGCAGCAGCGAACGCGUGGCAGCUGGUGGUCUCUCCGGCCGAGCUGCACCGGCCGUGUAUGGCGCCCAGCCCAAGGUCGCAAUGGCGGCUGGCGACGUGGCUGCCGAAGUGGCCGACGCGUACAAGGAGACGGAGGAGGACGACGGCGCCGAGCCCGAGGCGGACGACGACAUUGGGACCAAGGACGACUCGGCGGCGAUGCUUAGCCCAUCCGAACUGGCCGAGUUCGCGCCAUACUCGAACAACGACGAGGUCGUGGUCAACGGUGUCAGGUUUGUCAAGCUCAGCGCACUCCUGCCCCCGACCCCGCCCCGCGGCCAGUUCGACGUCGAGCGCAUCCGCGAAUCGGCGUACUUCUUCUCGUAA